CGAACACCUUCUCUGCUCCCACACUAUUCCAAACGUUUCUCUCUGCAAACAAAUGGCUAGACCUCAACAUCGUUAUCGUGGAGUUCGCCAAAGGCAUUGGGGUUCAUGGGUCUCAGAGAUUCGUCAUCCGUUACUAAAGACAAGAAUAUGGCUAGGCACAUUCGAAACUGCAGAGGAUGCAGCACGAGCAUAUGAUGAGGCUGCGAGGCUCAUGUGCGGACCAAAAGCACGCACAAACUUCCCAUACAAUCCCAAUCAGCCUCAAUCAUCUUCAUCUAAGCUUCUCUCAGCAACUUUAGCAACUAAGCUACACAAGUGUCAUAUGGCAGCUCUUCAACUUCAAGUGACCAAAAAAAAUAUACCAAAACAGUCCAAUGGAAUGUCAAAAUGUAACCCAUUUGUCACAAGUGAUGGCAUUGCAGGAAGAAGUGUUGAAUUGGGCAAAGAAUGGCCAGAUACCAAAUGGGUUGGUGGGGAAGUUAGUCAACUGGGGAUCAAUCAACAACAGCAGCAGUUUAAGGCACUUGAAGAUGACCAUAUAGAGCAAAUGAUAGAAGAGUUGAUUGAUUAUGGGUCUAUGGAGUUUUCUUUUCCUGCUGUUUCUUCGACAUGGUUGUCCAGAUUUAGUAGCUUUAGUCAGUAAAUUUAACCUCUAUUUUCUCCUUUCAUGUCCAAGAAUAAAUUUUCCAAUAAUAAACAUCUAAUAGUUUACUCUCUCA